GAAGUUGAAGGUGAAAAGUUGAUAACCUGCAAAUUAUUUAAAACCCUGGGUUUUCGAUAUCACAUACCUGAUAAAGAGUAGAGAGAGAGAUUGGUUAGCGCUUAAUGAUUAUGAUACGGAUUAAAGGUAAAGUUGGUCACAUUCACCGAUCUUUGUGUUUGUGACUUGUGAGAUCAAAUUCGUACAAAGAGAAAUGGAAAGCAGAAGAGAACAAGCUGAAUCGAAUUGCGCCUCCUCGGAUAAUAAUAGUCCCCCAAUUCCAGAAACAGAAAUGGAAACCCCAAUUUCAGAAUCAACCCUUGAGGGUGGUGGCUCCGCCUUCAAUCAGAGUCAAAUUCUGAGAGCCAUCGAAGUAGUGGAGCGAGACUCCUUCGCAAUCGCUCAGAGCUUCACUUCUCUCUUCGCCUCCCUCCGCCUCGCUCUCUCCAACGCCACCGCCACCACCAUCGACCACAUGCAAUGCUUUAGCGACGCUUCCGGUCGAGUUCAAGAAUCUGUGCUUGAUGCAGCAACCAAGGGGAAUCGGUAUAUAAAUUCGUGUCUUAGAUUGAAUGAGGAGAUGAAGAACAUUGAUGGUCUUGCGUCGCAACUAAAAGUCUUGAGAAGGCAUGUUGAUUCUCUGGACGCAGCGGUUAACAAACUUCUUCAAGUCCCGUGACACUUUGGAUUUGGACUAGUGUGAUUUUCUGUUUUAUAACCAGAUGUGUAUGGACAAUUUGAAAAAGGUUAUCUAUCUACAAGUUUUAUCAUUUCAUUUAUUGUGUGGAGAGAUAAUGAAUUACAAAGAAAGCAGCAUAGUUUACUCCCUCUCAUAAGGAAAUAAAGAGGAUAGAGAUGUCAUUGUCAUGAGGAGUUCCCCUUUGUCGUCGUAAGCUAGUGCUGUUAAUAGUUGAUUCUUGUCAAGAUACCGAUCUCUGAAUGAAUUACAGCAGCUUUUUUUAUGGCA